AUGAAGAUUUUCUAUAGGGAAGCAGCCCAUAAAUCAACCUUGAACAAGUUGAAAAGUGACGCAUCUCCUUCGCUAAGAAGAACCAUAGAACUGGCAGGAGAAAAGGAAGCAUCGAGCUGGUUAACUGUCUUGCCGAUCCAACAUCAUGGAUUUCUUCUACCAAAGUGUGAAUUUAGAGAUGCCAUUUGUUAAUUAAGGUAUGGGUUGUCACUGAAGGGCGUUUCCUCAAAGUGCUCAUGCGGGUCAACAUUCAAUGUUGACCAUGCUAUGAUAUGCCCCAAAGGAGGAUUUCCAACAAUCAGGCAUAACGAAGUGAGGGACAUCACUGCAGAUUUGAUUAGUGAAGUAUGCUCGGAUGUGGCCAUCGAAUCGAGGCUAAAUCCCCUCUCAGGUGAAUGCCUGCAGAAUCGUACUGCCAACAGGGACGAAGAGGCACGGCUGGAUGUUUCGGCAAGAGGUGUAUGGCGUCGUGGUGAACACGCAUUUUUCGAUAUUAGGAUGACCUUACCCCAAAUCUUUCGGAACCAUGAACUUGAGAAGCAGAGAGCCUAUGGCGAGAGAGUCAGAGAGGUUGAAGGAAGUAGCUUCACUCCAUUGGUGUUGUCGUCAACUGGAGGCAUGGGAAGAGAAGCAAACACUUUCUACAAACGGCUAGCCAGCCUGAUCUCAGACAAACAGGACACUUCCUACAGUCAAACAAUGGCACUAAUACGAUGCAGACUGAGUUUUUCUCUACUACGAUCUGCAAUUCUUUGUGUUAGAGGGACACGGUCAUCGAAGCGCCAUCCAGUACAUCUUGACUGUGUUGACAGCAUCGUCAGUGAGGCUUGCCUCACUGUCUAA